CGUGAUCACUCGAAGCGCCACUGGUGCGGUCUGGUGAUCAUGGCGGCGGCGGUGGUGGUGGCGGCUGAGAGUGCGAGUCAAUUCCAGGAGGUGCUGGAUAGGGCCAAGAGGUCACUGGUUGUGGUACAUUUUUGGGCAACAUGGGCUCCACAGUGUUUACAAAUGAAUGAUGUGAUGACUGAACUGUCCAAAGAAUAUCCACAUGUUACAUUUGUAAAGCUUGAAGCCGAAUCUGUUCCAGAAGUAUCUGAAAAAUACGAGAUUAGUUCAGUGCCUACUUUCUUGUUUUUUAAGAACUGUCAGAAGAUUGACCGAGUAGAUGGUGCCCAUGCUCCUGAUUUAACUAAAAAAGUUCAGCAGCAUGGUGAGACUGCCAAACAAGACCUGAAUGACCAACUGAGAAAACUUCUAAAUUCUGCACCUUGUAUGUUAUUUAUGAAGGGAACUCCUCAAGAACCUCGAUGUGGCUUCAGCAGAAAGAUUGUGGAAAUUCUCAAUGAUCAUAAUAUUCGUUUUUGCACCUUUGACAUUCUUUCUGAUGAAGAUGUGCGUCAGGGAUUAAAAGUUUACUCUAACUGGCCUACAUAUCCUCAACUGUACGCGAAUGGAGAACUGGUGGGAGGGCUUGAUAUUGUAAAGGAGCUAGCUGAGACUGGAGAACUAGAAAAAACUUGUCAAACGGAAAUGGGACUGGAACAUAGGUUGAAAGCACUGAUUAAUAAAUCAAAAGUCGUCCUGUUUAUGAAAGGCAACAAAGCGCUGGCGAAAUGUGGAUUCAGUCGUACUAUUGUGGGAAUGCUGAAUGAAACUGGUGUUGAGUAUGAAACAUUCGACAUAUUGGAAGAUGAAGAAGUAAGGCAGGGAUUAAAAACAUUUUCCAACUGGCCAACGUACCCACAACUAUAUGUGAAUGGUGAACUUAUUGGUGGACUUGAUAUUGUGAAGGAAUUGGAAAAGAGUGGAGAGCUUCUUUCAAUUUUAAAAGGAGAAAAUGCCAGUUAAAAUUUUACAAAGAACAGCUGCCAUCAUUCUAUUAUAAUAUUUGUCUACUUUAAAAUUUGAUCAUUGGCAAUAAUGUGGUCUAAAGUCCGGUAACACAAUGUUGGAUAUAAAUCAUUUUUGAUGUUCAAGCUUCUCUAAUAAUUCAUGAAUAACAAUGUAACACAAAGGGAGCAAAAUGCAAAUAGACUAAUACAAUAAUGAAAUAUUAUACCUCUUUUAUUACAAUAAUAAAACAUUACUGCUA